AUGGGUUACCUUGGCAGAAUAGAUUGGAUUCAUGGGGGAAAGUCGUCGAUGCUGCAGAGUCAAAGAAAUCGGUGGAAAGGGUGGGCCAUGUUGAGCUGCACUUGCGACAGACUCACUGCGCAUGGACUAGCAGUGAAGCGUCUCAACAAGGAUCAUAACUUGGUGGCGGUUCAGGGUGUUCUGGCCAGGGAUCACCGGCAAUGUUGGGAGGGUCUCUCGCCCUGCAGGCUGUUUCUUACAGAGCACGGACGUGGCAGGUCAUGGACUAGCCUUCUGCAGGCUGAGACUGACUACAACACACCUACUCGAUUAUUCGAGCUACCUCUUUGCUGUAAAAGCUGCUGGUAG